AUGGCAUUCCUUUGGCUCUUGUCCUGCUUUGCCCUUGUGGGGGCCACCUUUGGCUGUGGGGUACCUGCCAUCCAACCUGUGCUGACGGGUCUGGCCAGGAUUGUUAAUGGAGAGGAUGCUGUCCCUGGAUCCUGGCCCUGGCAGGUGUCCCUGCAGGACAAGACUGGCUUUCACUUCUGUGGGGGCUCUCUCAUCAGUGAAGACUGGGUAGUCACUGCUGCCCACUGCGGCGUCUCGACAUCUGAUGUGGUGGUGGCCGGAGAGUUUGACCAGGGCUCUGACGAGGAAAAUGUCCAGGUCCUGAAGAUCGCAAAGGUUUUCAAGAACCCCAAGUUCAACAUGUUCACCGUGCGCAAUGACAUCACCUUGCUGAAGCUGGCCACUCCUGCCCAGUUCUCUGAGACUGUGUCCGCCGUGUGUCUGCCCACUGCUGACGAUGACUUCCCUGUUGGGACAGUGUGUGCCACCACUGGCUGGGGCAAGACUAAGUACAACGCCCUCAAGACCCCUGACAAGCUGCAGCAGGCAGCCCUGCCCAUUGUGUCCACUGCUGAAUGCAAGCAAUUCUGGGGAUCCAAGAUCACCGACGUGAUGAUCUGCGCAGGCGCCAGCGGUGUCUCCUCCUGCAUGGAUGGGCAGAUGCCAACAGAUGCUGCCCACAGCGAGCCCGCUAUUACCACCAGCUCCGGUGACUCUGGUGGCCCUCUUGUCUGCCAGAAGGAUGGAGUCUGGACCCUGGCAGGCAUCGUGUCCUGGGGCAGUGGCGUCUGCUCCACCUCCACUCCUGCUGUGUACUCCCGAGUCACAGCCCUCAUACCCUGGGUUCAGGAGAUCUUGGAAGCCAACUGA